UGGAUCAAAGAGAAAGGACAAAACAGUCAUUUCGGACAGAAGUGAGAAAGAAGUUCAAAGGGGAGUUGAGAAGUAAAGCGUAAUCUUCUUCUUCUUCAUUUUCUCUCUUUAACAAUAAAAAAAAAGCAUCAGCCUUUUAGAUUCCGCUCAGAAAAAAAAAAAAAAACAAAUAUGGAGAGAACCACUCCAGUGAGAAAGCCGCACACAUCAACCGCAGAUCUACUCACUUGGUCGGAAGCUCCACCGUCGGAUUCUCCUUCCUCCGCUUCUCGCUCCUCCGCCGUUCGAUCUCACCAGCCAUCUGAUGGGGUUAGCAGAGUUGUCUUUGGUGGUCAAGUCACUGAUGAAGAAGUUGAGAGCUUGAACAAAAGGAAGCCUUGCUCAGAACAUAAGAUGAAGGAGAUAACAGGGAGUGGGAUCUUCACUCGUAAUCAAGAAGAUGCAUCAGAGCUCUCUAGUGCCCCAAGGGUAUAUCAGCAAGCACUUAGUGGUAUAAGCCAUAUAUCAUUCGGUGAAGAGGAGGACUUGUCUCCCAAGAAGCCUAUCACUCUACCCGAAGUUGCUAAACAGCGAGAGCUAAGCGGGACGAUGGAGAGCGACUCAGCUUCUAAUCUGAAGAAGCAGCUCUCUGAUGCUAAGUACAAAGAGAUCAGCGGACAGAACAUCUUCGCACCGCCACCUGAGAUCAAACCUCGGUCCGGAGCCACUCGUGCUUUGGCUCUAAAAGACAACUUCAACCUCGGAGCUGAAUCUCAAACCUCUGGUGAAGAAGACUCAUCUGUGAAGACGGCGAAGAAGAUUUACGACAAGAAGUUUGCAGAGCUUUCAGGGAAUGAUAUAUUCAAGGGAGAUGCUGCUGCUGCUGGAGCGACGUCGUCUUGUGGUGAGAAGCAGCUGAGUGAAGCGAAGCUGAAGGAGAUAGGAGGGAACAACAUAUUCGCUGAUGGGAAGGUAGAGUCCAGAGACUAUCUAGGAGGUGUCCGUAAACCACCGGGUGGUGAGACAAGCAUUGCUCUCGUUUAGAAUCAAUCCUCUCUAUUUUUACAGUAACGUUUAACUCUCUUUUUAAAAAAAAAAAAAAAACUGCGAUUUAUUGGUGUGUGUUCUUUGUUGGUAUCUAUCUCUCAAAUACGCUUUUCAGCUCUCAAAAAGUGUGAUUUGUAUUAUGAUGCAGUUUCGUUGGUUUAUUUGGUUAUGGUGAUAUAAUAACUAUUAUUUUAUUA